GGCAGGAUGCGUUUCUUCCCGUGGGGAUUUUGGCUGCUGUGGGUCGCCGCCGCGUCGUCCUCGUCGGCUCGGAGCGACGGCGGCAACAAGCCGAGGAGCUGCGCCGAGCUCCGGCAACUCUAUGGGGCCAAAGGAUUCAGCCCGAGUGGGGUGCCCCAAGCGGAGAUCUCGG